GCGGAGAGCGCCAGUGCGUGCUUGUGUUUCUGGUUCCGGUGCAGGUUAGCAGCGAGGGAAAGGCAGCUCAGAGAGGUUAAGAUGGCUACUUGGAUAAAGCCUAGGGUGGCCCCAACACACAAACUCAGCGCAGAUGGAACUACAUAUGUAGCUGCAGAAUACAAUGUUCCCAGAGAAGCUUUGCAAAGAACGAAUGAAGUUGUGGAAUAUUAUGGUGGUUAUCCUGAAGGUUACACUGCGGAGGAUUACAACUACACCUGGAGUGAAGCCUGCAGACCAGAUGAUGGGCGUCGAGAAGAGCUUUAUCAACAGUUCUAUAAAGAAUUAGAAGAUGACUACAAUAAAGAAAAACAUGCUGACUGUGUUGUCAUAGCCUUAAGCAAGCAACAGGGGGAUUAUGCCAAACUAGUAGGACGACGAGUACAAGAACUGGGCCUUCUCGUGGAUUUGUUAUAUCUUAAGUUAGAGUUGGCCCUUGAUACUGCACUGAAAGAUGUUCGUGAAGAAGGUUCCCCGUUUUGUGUUGUUGUGAGUGGAGAACAUCAGACUCUUUCAUCUUGCACAGUGAUUAUUUUGUAUGCUGGCCACAAAGAACAUCGUAAUAUGCCCUUGGAAGACGCUUUGGACCUGAUUUCACGUGAACAUCAACGUAUAUUUGGUGAAACUUUGGAAAAAGAACGACUUGAAAUUGCACACAAAGCGGCUAAUUUGGCAGAUGAUUAUCUUCAUCGUGAAUCUUACUCUGAAAGUCAUGUUGUGCCAAGCACCAUCCGACAUCUUCUAUUUCUGCUUGGUGAUGGAAAACAUCUUUAUGCCGAGGAGCUGCAAGCAGUUAUUGAGUACUUGAGCAAACGAAAAGAGGAUGUUGAAGCUGAGGUGAACAAUACUUGGCAAAACUAUCAAGAAGAGAGAACUGAAGCCUAUCAAUGGCCACAUGAAGCAUCUCUUGUUCAACAAGCUACUGGAACUGAGAGUUACUAUGACGUAGGCAGUGUUUCACAAACUUCCAGCAAGCCCAAGCCCCUCCUUCCAACACCAGUCAGGCCUCCCCUUUUGGGCCAUGCUCCUCUUUCUCAGAAAAAAACGCCUCUUUUGGGUGAUCGUCCAAUUAGGGCUCUUCUGCCUGCUCCAGGUCAUCCAUUAAAAUUAGGUGCUAGACUCCAGUUGCAGUAAAGAAUAACGACUUGAAAGCAUUGGAAUGCACACUGCAUUGGAAUAGAGUUUGUAUGUUCAAUACAACAUUAUUUGAAGAGCACCAGAAGUAUACAGCACCAUACCGUACUAAUACCAUGGGAUACUUUGAUGAAUAGUCACAGACUGUGAAUUGUAAACUGUAGUAUUUUAGCAUUUUAGAACGAUCCCAUUGUAAGUUCAAAUUUCUUUUAAAGGUGUAUGCCAAUGUCAUGUACAAGGACCAUUUUUUUUGUAAUUUAUCAACGUCGCCAUGAAUAGUUUUGAAAAGGUUGGGAAAAUCCCUUUGAUAAAUGUAUCUUUUGCAAUGGUUGUUUAUUAUUUCAUUUGUUGGAUUGCUUGUUCAAAAAUUUCCCUUCUGUUAAAAAUCUCUUUUUACAAAGUUUUAUUGUAUGGUGAUUUUUUUUAAAUGGCGACAUAAAAUGUACUCUACAAUGCCUUUGGACACAAACUCCUUCCAUGUGAGUAUGUCUAUGAAAGUAAAUUGAUCAAGUAUCACCAUACAAUAUUAUCUUGGCCAGAUUUGUACAACUGUUAACUUGACUGCUUUUUUGUACUGAGCAUUGUAACAGUGCUGCAUUAAUUUGAUGAGAAACAAUAUGUUCAGUAGAUUCCAAUUAAAGUAAUUAAAUUUAUUUAAUGUAUUGAAAUACA